GCAGCUCUAGACAGGAUGGAGAGGAUGCGUUUUCAACAUCCGCACGAGGUCAACAGAUAAAAGCCAGGGCGUUCUAAGUGGCUGUAUGCGCAUCCGCCUGUUCACGGCUUCCUUCUGCAAAUAUUUUAGCACCCUCUCCUGUGACUGUGGACAGCAAAGAAGCACCCAGCUCCGGGGCGAGGCAGGCCCUCAACCCAACACGUAGUUCCCUUGGGCACAGUGACCCGGCCAGGAAGCCACCCUGACUCGCAGGUACUGCCUGAGGCUCAUGCCGCCUCCUUGCCCGGAUGUUUGACCCACAGCAGAAGAAGGCAGCUGCCUGCAGCAGGUUUCACGUGAAUGGACCCAGUCUGGGACAGAUCCCGUGGGUCUCGGCCCAGCACCGCCAGCGUCCGGGUGCGGGAGCUGAGCUGGCAAGGCCUGCACAACCCCUGCCCACAGAGCAAGGGCCCUGGUGGCCAGCAGGGCAGCCGCAGAGAGCAGCGGGUGGAAGAGUACCUGUCCCCCGCCCGACUGCAGGCCCUGGCCCUGGUGGAUGACCUUCGGCUGGUGAGGGCGCUGGAGGUGUGUGUGGACACCCGCGAGGGCAGCCUGGGGAACUUUGGGGUGCACCUGCCCAACCUGGACCAACUGAAGCUGAAUGGCAGCUACCUGGGCUCCCUCAGGGACCUGGGCACAUCUCUGGGCCACCUGCGGGUGCUGUGGCUGGCUCGCUGUGGCCUCACUGACCUGGAUGGCAUCGCCGCUUUGCCAGUGCUGAAGGAACUGUACGCCUCCUACAACAACAUCUCAGACCUGAGCCCGCUGUGCCUGCUGGAGCAACUGGAGCUGCUAGACCUGGAGGGCAACAGCGUGGAGGACCUGGGGCAGGUGCGCUUCCUGCAGCUGUGCCCUCGCCUGGCCACCCUCACCCUGGAGGGCAACCUGGUGUGCCUGCAGCCGGCCCCCGGCCCCGCCAACAAGGUGCCCAGUGGAUACAACUACAGGGCUGAAGUGAGGAAGCUCAUCCCCCAGCUUCGGGUCCUGGACGAAGUUCCGGCCGCGCACACAGGCCCACCGUCCCGCCUGCGGCUGAGCCAGGACUGGCUUGCGGUGAAGGAGGCCAUCAAGAAGGGCCAUGGCCUCCCCCAGCUGGACUGUCCCCAUGGAGGCCCCAUCCGGAGACUUGACCCUGAGCUGUCCCUGCCUGAGACGCAGCCCCGAACCUCCAGGCCCUGGCCCUUCGCGAUGCUGGUCCCUGGGGGCCCCCUGCCUGAAGGCCUGCUUUCUGAGGACCCAGCCCCAGAAGAUAACACCAGCAGCCUCACCCAUGGUGCUGGCCAAGUCCUAUGUGGGAACCCCACCAAAGGCCUGCGGGAGCGUAGGCAGCAGUGCCAGGGCAGGGAGCCCCCGGAGCAGCUGUCCCAGCACAGGCCAGGAGAUCUGGCCCCCAGCACUUCCAGCCCAGAGCCUGACCCUGCAGACAGCUCUGACUUCCUGGCCUUGGCCAGGCUUAGGCCCUGGAGGGAGCUUGGCAUGGGGCACCUGGAGUCCCAACAGGAAGGGGCUGUAGCCCCCGGGAGCCGACGGAGGGCCCCUGAAGAGCAAGUGCACCAGGCAGAGUCCAAGACUCCCCCCAGGCCCCCGAGCCUGGCCUCAGAGCCCCCCAGGACCUUCCGAUGUCAACUGGUCCCUUCCCCUCCCAAGCACCCGAUGCCACCAGCUUCUGGCAGCAGCUCCCCCAGGUGGCCCACAGACCUGCAGUCCAGGGGGCGUCGGCUCCGAGCCCUGGGCAGCUGGGGGCCUGGCGUGGGUGAUGGGGCGGCGGCAAUGGCCUCAGACCUGAGCCCUGGAGCCCAGGGAUGUCCUGGCCCAAAGCCAGCACCAGACGCAUCAGCCAGAAUCCCCAGGGCAGCCGAACUCUCCCACCCCACCCCCUUCCCCCACUUAGUGUAGCCCCACUGCCAAGCUACACUGUGCUGGGGCCACGACCUGCCCACAUAUGUGGUCACGGGGGCGCUGGGUGGACUUGGCCUCAUGGAGCACAGAACGUCUGGGCGGGUGUGUUGGCGGGUGGAGGGAAUGCCUGGCCCUGGGGAGGACCCUCUUGGUGGAGGAAAGGGGGGGCUCGGGCUUGAACCCACUUUAGGCCCCCGACAGGGUUUGGCGUGGGAAGGGAGGGUCCCGAUCCAGCCUUCCUUCCGGCCAGGCUUUCCCGUGGGCACAGGUUGGGGGGUGGUCACAGGGGCAGGCCUGUCAGAGGGCUCUCCGGCUAGAGUUGGGUGUGGCCG